CCGAGUGCAGCUUUCAGUCGAUGGACGGCAGGAACAUCAAGAGAUAUUUACAAACUCGGGCCCCAGUCCGAUUGAGCAGAUUUAACUGCUUCCGGGGGAGCAACGUUAACGGCACAUCGUUCCAAAACCAGUUUGGCAACCCAUAAGUGAAUAUUGCAGGGGUGAGGAGGGGGGACAGCUGGGAAUUCAUAGGCAAUGGAUGUAUGGAGCAGCGAAGACAAUGGGAAUAGUGUGGCAGACUGGGAGAGUCUCAUCAAUGCCAUUCAAUGUGACACUGAGCAAGUUCUGUGUGCAGAGAGGGUGGGCCAGGUGACAAAGACAUACCGUGACAUUGAGGCUGUCACACACUUGCUGGAAGAGAAAGAACGAGAUCUGGAACUCGCAGCUCGGAUUGGACAAUCCCUGCUCAAACAGAACCGCAUCCUGACAGAGAACAACGGAAACCUGGAACAACAAAUCCAACAACUCAUCGAGGAGGUGGCCCAGCUGAAACAUGAAGUGAGUAUGAGGGAUGACCUUCUCCAUCUCUACACCAACAGCCCGGAGGAGACUGAGGCUGACUCAGCAUCCAGCAGCCCGUGA